AGGACCUCGCCUCCUCACCACCAGAAAUCACUCUCCCAACUACUGCUUCAUCCUCGUUGUAAACGUCGACAGACACAACGUUGAGUGUUACAUCGGCACUUUGCUACGAAGACGAAGACGAUCGUAGAGCAACGAGGAGAUUACUUCGCUCGUUUGUAUCGAAUACGAAACUAACGACACUCGAGUGGCCCUUUUGUAGAGUCGCCUUCGGAGUCUCGGCUUAACAAUCUUCGACGAGCUGUCGAGGAAGCACCCAACCAGCGACGUGCUUUCCUCGGAUCUUCCAGUGCAAGCUCGAACGCAGAAACGAGUCUCGUCUCAUGGCAGCCGACUGGAAUCGUGGCAAUAUUUCCCGCCAGAUCCACCAGCGACUUCUCCACAGUCAUGGUUUGAGGAGCUUCCAUGACAGGGACCGCGUGUAAGGGAUUUUCUUGGAGCAGUGCGUGAGUGAUACGACGAGGAGGGUGAUUGUGAAAAUUUAUCAGUGUUCGAGGACCGUCAAGGUAUUGUACGGCCAGUGAAUCGUGUGAUUGGAAUAAACAGUCCUGUUUAUCAGUUUUAUUAUACCAGAGGAAACGGAGAAGCAGACUUUCCGGCAAUAGUUACAUCGGUAAACGCAAAAGAGGCGCUUGGAAAAACUUUGUGUCUGCGUUAUUAAAAUCUUCGUAGUUCGACUUUAGAAGAAUCACAGUGCUAUCGAAGAAUAAGCGCAACUGCAUGUGGCUCAUAGAGGAACGUUCACGAGGAAGUCGAUAGAUGACCGACCUUGAAGGUGGAGGCAACGUGUCACGACCGCCAGGUGUCGGCAGCUACGGAAUAGUGAGCUCGCGUUACUAAUACGAAAUCAGAGACAAGUGGGUGGUAGUGUCGCGUCGAUAAUAUUCAUCAGAUGUCACUUGAAGCGUGUCCGCCGCGAGUCCACUUAGAUUGGUAGUUUUAAAAUAAUAGUGGGAGACUACUUGCGGGAUUCAGUUUGCUGGUGGCAGCAGCGGCACGAAGGACGAAGCCUGUUGCCCCAGGAGGGUUCUUACGGCCUCACCACGCGUUCCGACGAGUGGAGCGGUCUCCUGCCCAGCUCCACUAUCGUGGGUGCUGGGGGGUCACCAUGGCUGGGACUUGGUGCCGGCGGUGGAACCGGUGCCACCGGAGGUGGGGGCAGCCCCGUCGAGCUCGAGGGACACUGGGGCAGAAAGUUGUAUGGUGCGAGCGUCGCACCACCUCCGCCCCCGCCUCAUCAUCAUCCACGAGCACCCCUAGUUUUUGCGCCCCAGGACAUGCGACAAAUACUCAAGGAGGAACCGGUGCCCCGUGCUUGGCCUCAGCCAACGCUAGCUGACAAUGCAUCAGUUGGAAUCGGCAAAGCACAUUUUGAGAAGCAGCCACCGAGCAAUCUGAGGAAGAGCAAUUUCUUCCACUUCGUGAUCGCGCUUUACGACAGGGUUGGUCAACCGAUCGAGAUCGAGAGAACAGCCUUCAUUGGUUUCGUUGAGAAGGAUCAAGUGAGUCAAGAAUCCGAGGGUCAAAAAACCAACAACGGAAUCCAAUACAGGCUCCAGCUGCUCUACGCCAAUGGUCUCAGACAGGAACAGGACAUUUUCGUGAGGCUCAUCGACUCCUCGACGAAACAGGCGAUAAUGUACGAGGGGCAGGAUAAGAACCCGGAAAUGUGCCGUGUCCUAUUGACCCACGAGGUUAUGUGCAGUCGUUGCUGUGAUAAAAAAAGUUGCGGAAAUCGGAACGAGACGCCCAGUGAUCCGGUUAUCAUCGAUCGAUUUUUUCUCAAAUUCUUCCUCAAGUGCAAUCAAAACUGUCUGAAAAACGCCGGGAAUCCAAGGGACAUGAGACGAUUCCAGGUUAUAAUAUCGACGCAAGUUUGCGUGGAAGGACCCCACCUGGCUAUUUCGGAAAACAUGUUCGUUCACAACAACAGUAAACAUGGAAGGAGAGCAAAAAGACUGGACCCGAGUGACCAUGGCGAAUACAACAGCCUGUAUCCAGCACUCCCCCUUCAAACACCCUGCAUAAAAGCGAUAUCGCCAAGCGAGGGUUGGACGUCCGGAGGCUCGACCGUAAUUAUCAUCGGCGAACACUUUUUCGACGGGCUGCAAGUAGUCUUCGGAUCGAUGCUUGUCUGGAGUGAGUUAAUAACCGAUCAUGCCAUCAGAGUUCAAACACCACCUCGACAAAUACCUGGAGUCGUCGAGGUAACGCUGUCCUAUAAGACCAAACAAUUUUGCAAAGGUUCACCCGGGAGAUUCGUUUAUGUUUCACUCAAUGAACCAACGAUCGACUACGGUUUCCAGAGGUUACAAAAACUGGUCCCCCGGCAUCCGGGCGAUCCAGAAAAGCUACCAAAAGAAAUAAUAUUGAAAAGAGCAGCCGAUUUGGCGGAGGUACUUUAUAGCAUGCCGAGGAGCGGUAAUACGUCCAUAUCGGGUACACCGGGUAGUCCUGGUUCGGGUCAUCCCACAGCGCCACCAACGUCGAGUUCGGGAACGGGAUUUAAUUCGUACACGGGUCAACUUGCUGUAACUGUGCAGGAGAACGGCAGCGCGGCCAAAUGGACCGACGACGGUAGUUCCGUGACAACGGGUGGCGGAGGUGGAGGCAACGGCGGUGGUGGCGGCGGAAACGGAGGUAACGGUAGCGUCGGUGGCAACAAUGACGUCUACAGGCAAAGCAGUAGCGCAAGUCCGCGAGGUGUCGUUACCGGAGGUGGUUAUUGCGGAAGUUCAGCCAGUACGCCUCACAGUCAUAGCACGAAUGGAAGUUAUUCUACGGCGAAUCCGUAUACCGGAAGCCCGACUCUUUACACAUCACGGUUAGGAGACGUCGUCAACACGUCGUUCAACGUGAACCCGUUUAUGUUGCCAGCGUGCAGUCAGGGCUACACGGACGCCUCGAGUCCUCUGCUUGCAUCAACUGGGAAACACCACUACGAGACGUAAGCUUCGUUCGAAUUCGGAUGAACGACCAAUCAACGUCCUCAACUUUCGACCGUUCAUCGAUCAUCGAGAACCUAGCGAAUUCGGUAUUCGUCCGAGUUUCAGUGAAUCUGCGCGCGAUCCAAAAACUCCGCGUACCGACUUUGCUAAUCGUGUGAACAAUUCAAUGGGGGCGAGCAUUGAUGCGAGAGACGGUAAAACAAAAAUACAAAAGAGGAUGACGGUCCUCGAGUGUCCUUUCCUUUCCGUCAUCUUUGUUCAAGAAGAUGAUGCUACGGGCAACUUCCUUUGAGUUUUCGCAAUAUACGGACGCUAAAUGCGAGUGCAUCUUUCGAUGUUCAUCGAUUAACUCUGAAAAUGUGAUUGUUUUUUUUUUUAUUUCCCUGUUUUAACACGUUGUUUAUUUUUUUACGGAGUUUUCUCACCAACGAAAAACAAGUGCAAAAGUGACCGUUGGAGGUCUCCCGUCUACAAAGAAAUGUUAAAUUAGGAAAUUAAUACAUAUCGGGGAUUGUGGGAAUUCGGAGACUUGAUGGACAUAUCGCUUUUAUCGAAACAAAUGAAAAUCUGUAAUGAUUCUUCCUUGUAUUGUUAUUCCGGAGAGAAGUGUUCAAUGAACCUUAACUUUUCAAGACUUUCCGCACAUUUCAUCCAACCCCUUUCCCUCUAUUUCUCUCUCUUUCCCUCCCUCCUGCUCCUUCCCCCUGAUUAAUAAAAAGGGACUAACCAAUAUCGUAUUUAACUGUAAGGGAUGAAGAAUUGUAACUUGUAUAUUACUUGUAAAUAUUGUUGCGAUGUACAAAAGAUGAGAAAAAAAAAACAAAAUGAAAAGAAAUGAAGGAUGAACGAGCGCAAUGUAUUGUUGUGGGUUGGAACACAUCGAAAGAAGGUGAACAAACGAACGAGAUAAGAGGACAAAAAAUUUAGAGGGAUUGUAGAUUAAACGGUUAUUAUACAGAGAUGUAAAUAAUCUUAGAGCGCCCGUAGCUUUUAUUCGAAUACGGUUGUAUUUAGAAGGUCGAAUGAUUUGAAUUGAAUUGAGUGUUCGAAGAACGAUGCUCGUUCAUCAAACAUUUGAGCCCCUUCUGUCUCGACCGUUAUGAUCAAAUUUUUCACCAAGCAUAUCGGGUUUCAAAAAGUGGUAAAAAUUGAGGAGAAUCUAAACUGUAGUUAAAUCGAAUUGUAUGACAAGCAGGUUCGAAUCGGAUUUACCCGCCAUCAUUCACGAAAGUAUACGAUGAAGAAAUGUGAGAUUCACCCGGCGAAUGAUAAUACCGGGUGGUUGCGAUAAUCCAAAGGCACCAAAACUUUCUUAUUUCGUUGACGAAAAGAAAUAGAAGAAAAAAUAAGAAAUAGAAAGAGAAAAAAGCUAUCAUUGAACGUAAACAUUGUUUGGGGUUUUAUUUCUCUGAUCGUCGACGCUCGAGAGUGCUCGCGGUUUGUCCACGAGCUCCCUCACGCCUCGAAAUUACAUUCAAUUCAUUCGUUCGUGUUCAGUUCUCCAACAAAAACUGAUUCUCAUUAUUUCUUCCGUUGAAAUCUCAACUACUUAUUGUUAGUGUCGUUAUUUUUCACGAGACCUAUGAAAAAUGAAUUAAAUGAGAGAAAAAAAAACGAAAAAAAAAAAUACCCACACUCAUCCAGUCAUCGAUGUAUAUUAAUAUAAAUUAAACUUACAUUUUUGAAAAUUAAAAAAGAAAGAAAAACAACAUAAAA